GAAGCGGACAGAGGAGAUACUGGGUUGACCGAUUCUUACUGCCAGUGUCCUUGCCGAUACAAACAUUUGAUACAACGCGGAAUGUUCAUGUUUCAGUGUUCUUUUGUGUAAAUAAGCCUAUUGACAAAACUACAACACAACAUCUGCUUCUAAAUGAACGGUUUGUGCAGGUGACGCAAGAUCCGGGUGCUCGCAGGGGGAGAUCGUAAGGAGAAGAGCGCCACGUCGGCAGAACAUUCAGUUAAAGCCCAUACUUUUUCCUUUUUUUUUUUACUAAAAGUUUUGCAACCUCGUAAGCCUUGUCCACGGAGGAAAAGUAACACAAUUGCUAUCGCGGCUCCGUGGUUUUUAGAGCAUAAUUUGAUAAAUUGUUAAAAGCUCCAGUGGGACCAAAACGCACAAUUUAUUUUGUCGCAGGUGGGAUUUUAGGAGACGUAACAUUAGAUAAUCUCCGCUGAGCGCAGAAAGUGCUGGAAACAAUGGUUAAGAACGUUAACUCGGAAGUGCAACAGAGUGGCAUUAUUGAGUGCCGAGAACCUGAAUGUUCAGAAAGCGGUUCAAUUGAAGCUACAGACAGCAAAGAAGGAAAAGAGCACCCUGUGGCCCAGCCUGGCAUGAUCUGGCGUGUGACUGGAGGUAUAUUCGGUGCUACCAAGACUGUUGUGGGGGCGACGGUGGGCGGCGUGGCCUGGCUGGGAGGGAAGAGCCUGGAGAUCACAAAAUCUGCCGUCACCUCGGUACCUUCCAUGGGGGUAGGCCUGGUUAAGGGCGGCGUGUCUGCCGUGGCGGGGGGUGUGUCCAGCGUGGGUUCCACAGUGGCCAGCAAAGUCCCGUUCACAGCCAAGAGAAAAGACAAGGCAGAGUGAUAACGAUGGAUGAGGAGAGAAGCGUGCUGAGGAACAUGAUGAUGAUGACGAAGAUGAUGAUGAUGAUGGAGAGAAGGGACACAGGACACCUGUCAUCACCCCCACACCCCCUCCCCCCUGAGCCAUAACACUAUUCCAGAUGAUGGUGGCCUGUUGUGAUAACAAAGACCUCUAGUGCAUGAACAGAGGUGUAUCUGGGACCUUUUGCAAUGACUUAUGUUGCUUUGUGAGUAGUUUGUACUUGUGUGUGUGUGUGUGUGUGUGUGUGUUUCUUUUCAGUGGUUUGGGUGGGAGCUCACCCUUGAUUUAGACACCUGGGGGGUAUUCCAAACCGGGGUACGUUAAGUCUGAGUGAGUGGUAAACCUAAUAAAUUAGGAGGUUUACCACUUACUCUUGGUUAAUUUGCCCAGGUUUGUCGCUAAAUUACGUACCUCGGAAUGCCCCACUGGCUACUUCUCCUUCCAGUGAAAGACAAUCAUUUCAGAGGAUCUUGUUUAAAGCAGUUGAAUUGCAACAUCUUUUGUUGGUUUCUUGUUUUUGUUUUGUAUGCAACGAAAUGUGUGUUUUCUGUGUUGUAUAUCUUCAGGUUUCCAUUUCAGACUGGCCUGUGUCCAAAUAAGGAGAGCAUAAAGCCUUUCAUUUAUAAAGUACUUUACCAACAUCUUACUGACUGACCAAAUUAGAAAUGGCAGUGCUGGUAUUUUACUCAAUUGUACUGUGGAUAAUUGUCAGAAGCACAUUGGUUAUCCAGAGCUGUAUGUUUUUACUUCCCUAAGAGAGUACACAGAAUUAAAUAAAAAAUACUACUAAUAAAAAAAAAGUAUUUAUUAAACAAGGGCUAUUAUUUGCAGCAUGCACCAGGUUGCCUUUUUAAAAUAAAUAAACAUAUCUGUAUGAAUAUGUUUUGUGGAAUUACUGUUUCAGUGCAACCCAAGGAUGUGUGUUCUUCAGCAUAAUUAGAAUGUCAAGAAGUGCUGUAACCAUGGUGAGUGUCUUCUCCCAGUUAGCAAAACACUCUAGAAUGCAGCUAACCCAGAUUUGCCAUGGAGGAGAACUAGAAUCAAUCCAAAGUCAGGGGCUAUGUUUUUUUUUCAGUUUUUUUCUGGUUGUAAUAAAGCUAUGUUGGAAAUAA